UCAAAACGCCCGGACAUGGUUGCCAGUGCAGCGCCCCUAGCGGCAGAAAUAUAAAUCCUCUCAGUGUCUAGUCUAAUAGUCUUGGUCAUACCUGCCUCAUAGUGAAACCAUGGCAUUUCUCUGUCCAGUGAGAAUACGAAGAAAUAAGAAGAAAAAGCCUCUAGAUGAUGAGAGUUUACGAGGAGCUCCAAGUAUGGGUAGAAUCACUGGGUCAGCCUCCAUAGAAACUCUUGUUAGAGUCGGGUUAGAAAAGGAGGCAGGGUUGAGUCCUGAAUCCAAGAUGGUGGUUCUGCAUGAUUUUAGUCCAUGUGUUGAUGAUGAACUAAGUGUGCGCCGAGGACAGAUUGUACAUGUGUUGUACCAAGAGAAUGACUGGGUUUACGUAAUAUCAGAAGAUUCAAGAGAAGGAUUUAUCCCGCACUCCUAUACAGCUCAGUUCGGAUCUCAGUUGGCUGGACUUGCUCUCAAUGUGAAGAAAAAGAUGCCCAGGGAGCAAAGUCUUGUACGCGACCAGGAUGGGGUUCAAGGAGUUCAAGGAGUACAUGGAGUACAAGGCGGGAUUCAUGGAGUACAGGGAGACCUAGGGGGAGGAGGACGAGGGCUAGAACAAAAUAAUAAUUCAGAAGGCAAAGUAAAUUCCGGGUUAGAGCACAGUGAUACAGAUAGUUUUCAGAAUGAUGAGUCUAGAAUUCAGGGUUUAAACCAGACUUCUCAAUCCAGAUCCUCAUCCUUACUCUCAGAAUCCUCAUCCUUACCAGAGGUUCAUCCAUUCUUCAAGGACCCGUACGGAAGGUAUAUAGUGCUGUACAGUUACACUGCUCAAGAUGAAAAUGAUCUGUCUGUAGAGAGAGGGCAGUGUGUUACUGUACUAAAUAAAGAUGACCCUGAAUGGUUCUGGGUUCUAAGAUCUGAUAGCUCUGAAGGAUUUGUUCCAGCAGGGUUUGUUUAUCCACUAGAUGCUAUUCAUAAACAACAAUCCUUGAACACAUCUACCCAGCAGCAAACCACACCUAGAUCCCAGCUGGCCACGCCCUCAUCCAUCUUCUCCCCUACACCAUCCUUGCCAUCUAACUUCUCUGCCCAAAGCGGUCUCUCUCCGCCCAUAAAUCAGCUGAAUCAAUUAAACCUGAGCGGUGGAGAAACUAGCGGUUUGCAUAGUUCGGUCAGCGUGAAUAGUGGUCCUCUAAGCAACAUUUCCGGUCACCAGAGUAUUGUUUCCGGUCAGCAUAGUUCCAUUUCUGGUAAUAUGACACACUCCACCGGGGUUUCUAGUUCUGGGGGUUCCGGUCCUAACAGUUUGUCCCCUGGAGUAUCGACAGCAAUUGGAAGUUUGCCCACCGGAAAUUCUGGCGGUUCGGCGGUUGUUGGAUCCCUAAACGGUGCUGAACAAAGAUUUGGAGGAACUGAACUUGUGAUGCUGUAUGAUUAUAAGGCUCAGGCACCUGAUGACCUCUCUGUACGGAGAGGUGAAUGGGUUUAUGCUGACUUGCAACACCAGACAGUGGAUGGGUGGCUGUGGGCCUACGCACCUAAAACCAGAAAAUAUGGAUUUAUACCUAAAGCGUACGCCAGGUAAUUAUAUGCCACCAGCUAUGACAAGCUUAUGAUAGCGUCUGGAUGUUCUUCCUCAAGAGCCCUAAAAACCCUGCAAUAUAAAUCUACAAAAUCUACAUAAAGAGCCUAAAUCUUUGCAAAAAAUUAAUUCAAAAAAGCAAUGAAACAAAAAAAAAAGCUCCAAACCCCCCGUAAAAAUAGCUCUUUAAUUCAUACUGUUAAUAUA